UAAAUUUUAACCUGGAGAAAGAUCUUUCUCCUUCUGCAUUUGAUCCAAGAAUCGACAAAUAUAUUCUUAAUGCAAUAUGAACGUUAGGAAAAGUAUUCACUAGUUUAUCUUUAACAUGGUUAUCGAUCGAACUAAUCAUAAUGGUAUUAUCGAUAUCGACUGCAAUAUCGGCAGUAUGUCGGUAUUGCAGAUAAAGUUCGAUAAACAAUUUUGUAAAUUAAAAUCCAUAUUAAUAAAAAUGUAAAAAAAAAUAUGUAAGAAAAUUUUAGCAUAUAUUUUGAAAAGAGGGGAGGGGGGAAGGGCCCAAAAACGGGUAUGCCUAGGGCCCACGAAAGGUAUAAUCCGGCUCUGUGCUUAGGGCCUACGAAAGGUAUAAUCCGGCUCUGAUAUGCUCCCUUUUAUUAACUCGAUAUUGUGCUGAGUAGACAAAAAAAAGUCUCAUUUUAAGUCAUUGGUAAAUAAAGACGCAUUUAAUAUUUAUUUUUUAGGUGCACAAUUUUACAAGAAAGGAGAGAUCUGGGAGUCUGUUACUUUGCUUAACAAUCCUUGAAAAGAAGUAAAGAUCCUAAAGAAGCCAAUAUGACACUUCUUCAUCUCGCCACCGGAUCAGGCCAAUCAGAUGUCGUUAAAGAUUUAAUUGAAGCGGGGAUUGAUGUAAAUGAGCCUGAUGAGCAUGGAGCCCGACCCAUUCAUCUGGCUUCAAUGCUUGGUUUUGAGGAAGUUCUUAAAACCUUACUGGAUAAUGGUGCGAUUUAUAAUUGUACUGAUAAAUAUAAUAACACGCCAAUGAAUCUCGCUGGCACCGAAAAUAUAAAAGAAUUACUUAAAAAAAUAAAGAACUUUUUUUUAUCUGUCAAAAGCAACGAUAUUUCAAGUGUAAAAUCAUUUAUUGAGAAAGGUGUUAGCGUUAACGCCAAAGAUGCUACGAAAGCUUCACCAUUGCAUUAUGCUGCCUGGAAAGGAAACUUAGAAAUUGCAAAUCUUUUGAUUAAAAAUGGCGCAAAUCCCGAUUCGAUCGGGAAAAAUGACUACACAGCUCUACAUUAUGCUUCAAAAUUCAACAACUUUGAAAUAGUAAAACUGCUGUUAGAGAAUGGUGCAAUAUACAAUAGUUUGUCAACCAAUAAAAAAGUUGCUCUUGAACUUGCUAAAGAAAAAAGUGUUAUUGAGUUAUUAAGAUUAAUCGAUACUUCUUUUGAAAAUGUUCAAACAUCUAAUUACGAUGAUAUUUUGCAAGUUCUUGAAAAACUUCGUGGCACAACUACCAUGAAAGCUAUAGCAAAAGCGAAAAACAAAGAGAAGAAAACAAUAAUAAAUUGUGCCAUAGACAGUAAUUUUCCUAAAUUGAGGCAAUUGUAUUGUAUCAUUUUUGACGAUACUGGUAGUCAUGUUUACAAGACUAAAAAAUGCUUUACUGAUGAAGAUUAUGAUAAAGCUUUACGCACACAAAUGUUUUUACAUGAGAAAUUAUCGCAAACGAAAGGUUUUGAUAACCCUAUCACUUUAGAAGCUGAAGAUAGAAUACCCCAAAUUCUCUAUGAGCAACAGAAGCACCAGAAAGCAUUAGAAGUGUGUCAAAAUAUUUUACAAAAAAGAAUAAAGAUUUUUGGAUCGAAUAACAAAUAUUCCCUACGAAUGAAAGCGUUUUUGGCUCAAGUUUUGAAUACACUAGGACAAAGCUCAAAGGCGAUCGAGAUUUUCGAAGAUGUAUACAAAAAGCAACUUGAAUUAUUGGGUUCAGAUAAUUUAGAAGUUCUGACGACUUUAUCAAACAUGGCGGGAGCUUAUAACAAUCUUAAUAGACAUGAAGAAGCUUUGGGGGCUGAUGAGACUGUUUUUAAAACGUACCUUAAACUAUUUGGUCCAAAAGAUUCCAGAACUUUAAUUGCGCACGGUAAUGUUGGACGAUCUUUAAAGCAAGUAUGUAAACUCGAUGAAGCUAUUUCUGUGUUAAAGUUUGUUCAUGAGGAAAUGAAAGAAGUAUUAGGUCCAUUUCAUGCAAAAACUCAGGAUGUACUUGGCAAUUUACAUGCUGCGUUGCACAUGAAAAGCCAUUCGCGCGAGGCUUUGGAUGAAUUAAGAGAAGUUUUAAAAAUACAAAGAAAUAACUUAGGCUCACACCAUGCUCUAACGUUGAAUGCAGAACAAAAUUUGUGUGAGGCAUUAGUUUACGAACAGGAAUUCAAUGAACUUCUGCAUAUUUUAGAAGAGAGGGUUAGGGAACGGAAAUCUUUAUUAGGAGAAAAUCAUCCAUAUGUUGUUUUCUCAGAAAAUCUGAUAAAUUCCCUCGAAAUUUGGUUUAUUGAUGUUUAGAUUACAUGGUUUCCCUUUUAUGAGAGAAAAUGAUUUUUUCUAACCACAAAGAAAAAAUUUAUAGUGCAUUCAAAAUUUUUAUUUUUCUAUUGAUAAUAUUUUACUAUAACAUAUGAAGGAAUGAAAUUAAAAUUUAAAAGCAAUUCAUUUACACACAUAUAUACACAGAUUUGGGUUUGGAAAAGUGGUUUCAAAUUAUAGCAGU